AUGCAUUGUUCAUUUUGUAUUCUCUUGGUGUCAACCAUUAGUCUUAUUUCAUGUAGCCAUUCCGAUCCAGGUCACCUUAAACCAUUUGGUACUGCUGGAUCAUUAAUAAAUAUUGAAGAAAUAAAUGGAGAAUAUCCAAAUAUAUUAAAACUUUUUACAAGUUAUAUACCAAAAUUAGAACCAAUAGUUUCUCGUCAAGUAUUAAAUAAUGAUAUUCAUUAUAAUAUAUGGGAAACAGAUGAACAACUUGAAAAUGAAGUUGAUGGUUUAUCAAAAACAAAUAUUAUUGUGGAAUCAUUAAAACAACGACAACGAAUUCAAGUGAAAUUUGGAGAUUUUCUUGAUAAAUACGAAAAAGAACAUUUAUUUUUUGCUGAUAGCGUGCCUGAAAUUCUUCGUAAAUAUAUUGUCGUUCCACAACCUUUACAAUGUAAUGAAGUUUUACCUACAUUACAAUCGGCAAUUCUAGUUAUAAAUAGUAUAAAUGCAUCACCAUUAAUGUUCAAUCAAGAAUAUGAUCUUAUGCUUUGUCUUUUUCGUGGUAAUAAACGUAUGGUUCUUGUUAAUGCUAAUAAAUAUGCUGAUGUUCGUCAAAUUAUUAUUCCGGACAAUAAACAACCUCGUAGACCACCUGUUAAUCCAGAAAAGAUUGUCAUAACAGCUUUAUUAUGUUUAAGAGUUGAUUUUAAUCAAUAUCCUGAAUUAGAAAAUGUUGAUUAUUAUGUUACUAAUUUAACUGCUGGUGAUUGUUUAUUCAUUCCAAAUGGAUGGAUUUUUCAAGAACGUUCCUUAGAUAAUACAAUAUCGAUUAUAUAUAAUAUUCAUCAUAAACAAGCAUUAAAUAUUGAUGUAGAUGAAAUCAAGAGUUGUUUAACAAAGAAUACAUUUGAUUCUGCAUUUACAAUUGAUCAAAUUGAUUGGUCAACAAUGGAAAAUGAACCACAAAAUUUAAAAGAAAUCAUCAUGAAUUUGAUUAAUUCAAAAACAAAUAGUUUUGAAAAGUGGCAAGAAACAUUUUCGAAAUAUUUUUCAUUCGAUUUGGCUUCAGAUCCUGAAACAUCAGCUAUUUUUGAUGAAUUCUAUGGUAUUAUUGAUAUAGAUGGUAAUGGUGAAAUAACAACCACUGAAGUUGAACAAAUUAAUGGACAGCAUCAACAUCACAUAUCUGAUAUUCUCUAUGAAAUGAUAAAAUUGGUUCAUGAGAAACAAAAAACCGAUUCAGAAAAACCAGUUAAUAUAGAAGAUGAAGAUACACAAGAAACAUUAGAAAAUGAAGAUAUGGAUGAACAUUUACAUUUACAAAAUUUAAAAACUGAUUUAUAA